AUGAAAGGAGUGUCCAGCCGCUCGACCAUAGAGCACUAUGAAAGCCUUGUUUCCAGCAAACCAAGAAGCAAUCAAGAUUCCACGCCAACAUACAGGGCUCAUAAUGCCUAUCCUUUGACGUCUGGUUUCAGGAAAAGCGCAAAUGAGAGGGCAUUGGAGUAUACAGAACCUGGGAAUCCAUCUUCGUUGAUGGCUCUACCAGAGUGGGACCAUUCUUCAUGGCCCGCGGCCUACGUGACUAAGGGGGAUCGUGACCCUCGCGUUUCGGGAAUAUACACCAAAGAUGAGAUCCUCGAGUUGGCGGCUGCCUGCCGAAAGAAGAAGAGGUCGCCAGGGGAGGGUAGUCAGACGGUGCCCGUUGCUGGGCAUCAUACCUACUAUAUUAAGAAGCAUAGACCAGUGACAAAAGACAACCAUGAGAGGCGAUUUCGGGACCAAAAAAGUGAGACUUUGAGCCGUUGUUUUGAAUACUUUUGGGAGCACUCGAAAAGGCAACAGAUUGGUUUUGCGCCAAAGGAGAAGGAGCAAGUUGAAAAGGCUGAUUUGCUUGAAAAGAAGAAAGAAAAAAAGGAAUCGUCAGAUCUUGCCCAGUCAAAGGAGCGAUCGACACUCGGUCAGAAUAAAAGGAAAGUGCCAGCAGCAGUUCUAUUUGUCAAUAACAACCUGCGAUCAACAUAUAGUUUGUGUGCCGAUAUGAAAUGUAAUUACCCCAAGCCUCUUCAGGCGGGCUAUGUGUUCGAAGAGCGGAUCGAGCUCAGAGUGUUGGUCUUCUUCUCUUGUCAAUGUCAAUCUGCAACCAAGUCAAGAGGUAGAACAAAGGCAUCCUCAAAUGAGACAGAUUCAAGCAUAACCACUCACUCGGGCGUGGGAAAUAAGAAAGGUGGAUUCGAUCUUACUCCUUUGCCCGCUACAGAUUCUGUUAACGAGUUUAGAGCUUCCCAGUCUUGGGCUUAUUCCUCUUCUUCUCAAGCAGCCCGGGGGAGGGAGUUAUACUUGAAGUUUGCUGAUCUACCGGUAAGGGAAGCGCUGGGCUUUCUCAGUUCUGUCCCCUCUCUUUGCUCUCGUUCACCAGUGUGGAGGGCGGCGGAUCCGCUUUCUCCUCUAAAGUUAGGCCUCUUUGACGGGGGCGAAAAGACCACUGGUCUUAGAUUGAAAGCCGAAGUCAAGUAUUCUCGCCACGGGCGGAUAGCGCCUCUCUCCUCGAAUGUGUGCGGACCUUGUCUCCUCGCUGGCCGUCAUCCCGGUCCUUCGUCGGGUUCCGGUAGAGCCUCAGUUGAACCUGGCCUUACGACUCUUUUGGGCUGGCUAUCGGGUGCUAGGCUCAUGGCGCACCCGGACGUCAUUGCUUUCAUCUGUGGUUGA